AGAGCAGUGAACCUGAUCACUACCUCUACUUCAGAGGCAUCCCGAUGCCUCCUGACGACUACAUCGCCCCUGCCGGCGCCUCCCCCAACACGUGGCCAGCCAUCUAUAACAACCUUCAGAACAUCGACUACUGUACCACUACCUUCUCGCACUUGGGCAAUCGCAUCAAGUGCAUGAAGUCCUUCACCCCGAGCCCGAUGCUUCCCUAGACGCUGCCCCUGUAGUAGGGAUGACUGCCUUGUACAUAAUCCCUAACGUCCUGGUAAAGUUUGGCUGGUGUUG